CGUUUCCUGCUUCCUGUGUUGUUUCAGUUUCCGGAGGAGCUGCAGAGACUCACCUCGAACCUGCGGACCGUCGAUCUGUCCGGUAACAAGAUCGAGGUUCUUCCCGCCGCCAUCGGAAACUUCCUGCAGCUCAAGAGUUUAACGCUCAACGCCAACAGACUGACCAGUGUUCCCAGUGAGAUCGGGAAGCUGAAGAAGCUGGAGACUCUGAGUCUGAAUGGGAACCGGAUCCAGCAGCUGCCCCCCGGUCUGGGCGAGCUCAAAGCCCUGCGGACCCUCAGCCUGUCCGGGAACCAGAUCUCUGAGUUCCCCUCUGGACUGGGAGCCCUGAGGCACCUGGACCUGCUGGACCUGUCCCGAAACCAGAUCCACAACGUCCCCGCUGCCGUGUCAGAGCUGCAGGCCAUUGAGAUCAACCUCAACCAGAACCAGGUAUAAACACAGAACCAGAACCAGGUAUAGACACAGAACCAGGUACAGAUACAGAACCAGAUCCAGGUAGAUGUAUCCAGAUGCAGAUCAGCAGCGAGACUCAACCUGCUUUAUUUUGAAAAUAACAGGAAGCACAGCAGCU